UCAAUUGAGGAAAAUGAAGUUUACCUGCCUAAUGAUGAGCUCUGGAUCUAUGAAAUGGAUAGUGGCUUAUGGACAAUGCACCUGAUGGAAGGAGAGCUGCCCACCUCCAUGUCAGGGAGCUGUGGGGCGAGCAUCAAUGGCAAACUCUACAUUUUUGGGGGAUUUGAUGACAAAGGAUACAGUAACAGGCUGUAUUAUGUUAACUUGAGGACAAAAACUGGAACCUAUAGGUGGAAAAAAAUCACCAACUUUAAAGGUCAACCUCCCACACCUCGUGACAAGCUUUCCUGCUGGGUCUAUCAGGACAGGCUGAUAUAUUUUGGUGGCUAUGGCUGCAGGAAGCACAAUGAACUGAGUGAUUGUUUUGAUGUCCAUGAUGCGUUUUGGGAAGGACAGAUAUUCUGGGGAUGGCAUAAUGAUGUACAUGUUUUUGACACAACCACACAGACUUGGUCUCAACCAGCAAUUAGAGGUGGAGAUCCACCUCAGCCAAGAGCAGCUCAUACAUGUGCUGUGCUGGGAAAUAAAGGUUACAUCUUUGGAGGAAGAGUGCUGCAAACCAGAAUGAAUGAUUUGCACUGCCUCAAUUUGGACACUUGGACUUGGUCUGGAAGAAUUAAUAUCAGUGGAGAGAAGCCCAGAGAUCGCUCCUGGCACACGUUGACUCCAAUAGGAGACGACAGACUCUUCCUUUUUGGGGGACUAAGCUCUGAUAAUGUUCCUUUAAGUGAUGGUUGGAUCCACAGCAUCACCACAAAUGGAUGGAAACAGCUCACCCAUUUGCCUAAGAGUAGGCCUAGAUUGUGGCACACUGCCUGCCUGGGCAAGGAAGGAGAAGUGAUGGUGUUUGGUGGGAGCAAGGAUGACUUGCUGUUCAUGGACACAGGGCACUGCAGUGACCUGUUGAUAUUUCAGACUCAACCUUAUUCCCUCCUCAGGCUGUGUCUUGACUGCAUUGGGAAGAACUCAGCUCUCUUGAAGAACCAAAUCCCCUGUUUGCCCUCAAAGCUUUUGCAGCAAGUGCUGAAGAAAAUCACCUUCUGGGCUGCAGUGACCCACAGGCAGGAGAGAAAAGCUGAAACUGAGAGGCAAAGUCAACUCAACAGCACAUGAACAAGGGC